UUUUAAUCCCACCCGAACAUCAUUACAUCACACAUUCUCUUUACAUUUACACCCUAUCUUUCUUUCUCCUUUCUCUCUCUCUACACUUUCUCACUCCCACAACUCUUUCUCUCUCGUCUACGUCUUUUCUUCCCACCACAAAUCUACACAUCACACGGUGCACCCCGCUAUGAACGGGGGGAGGUAUUGUGAGAUCUGUGGUGAAGGUGGGAUGUAGACGAAAGAGGUGUGUUAGUGAGUGUGGGAGUGAGAAGGUAUAGAGAAAGAGAGAAAGGAUAAAGAAAGAGAGGGUGUUAAGGUAGAGAGAGUUUGUGAUGUAAUGAGUCUUUGUGUGGGAGUAUAGAGAGAGGAGGGGAAAGAAAUAAGGGGUAGGUAGAAGUUGAAAAAGAGUGUGAGGCAAUGUGCUAUAAAAAGUAGUGUAGUGAGAGUGUUAAUCGUGUGUGUAUAAAGCUUGGUACGAAGCCCUAUACACACUGAGGGGAAGAUCUUUAGUGAUCUUUAGUGAGAAAGAGAGUGUGUAAGGGCUUGCUGUGGAGCCAUGCGACGCGGCCGACUGAGGGAGGAGCAUGAGGCCUCGCAUUGGGUCGUGGCCGGAAGUGGCCUAAGGUGUGACCCUAAGUAUGGGGAGAUGUCACUAGACAAAAUGAGGCCAUUAGGCAUGUAAAAGAAAGACAGGCCAACAUAGGUCAUGAGAGGGAGAGAGUCCUGGGAAGUACAUCCUACAGGGAGGGAGAAGGACGUUGUGUGGUGCUUUCGUACGUGUGCAACUUGUGUAAGGGACGGGCACGGUGGAACCGGUACCUCAGCAGGGUGUGAAGGUGAUUAAUUCAGCUGCGUCUUGAUCCACUCAACCAAAAUUUCAUUCGUAUUUCUUAUUAGAAAGAGAUUUGAUUUCUUUUGAGAGGGAGCAGUUGCAUAGGCAUGGAGAUGAAGGAUGCUGUCCAAAGAAAGAUAGAUGAUGCCGAAAACAGUGAUGAUGGAAGCGCCAGAACUGGAACAGUAUGGACGGCAGCAGCCCAUGUGAUUACAGCAAUAAUUGGGACUGGGGUCCUGGGGUUGGCCUGGAGUGUUUCUCAACUUGGUUGGAUUGUUGGCCCCCUUUUCCUUGUUGGCUUUGGUUUUGUGACUUAUUACACAUCAACUCUUCAAGCAGACUGCUAUAGGUACCCUGACCCAGUCACAGGCAAGAGAAACUACACUUACAGGGAAGCUGUUAGAGCCUUUCUAGGUUCAAGAAGUCUGGUAAUGUGCUCAAUCGCACAAUGUGCGAUUCUUUGGGGUAUAAUGAUUGGGUACACAAUCAUAGCAGCCACCAGUAUGAUAGCAGUGAAGAAGUCAAAUUGCUUUCAUAAGAAUGGGCAUAAUGCUAGUUGCAAGACAUCUGAGAAUGUGUUUAUGGUUACCUAUGGAUUGUUUCAAAUAGUAUUGUCCCAGCUACCAAGUAUGCACAAAUUAGCAGUGACUUCGGUGGUGGCAGCGAUCAUGUCGUUUGGUUAUUCAGGGAUAGGCCUCUCUCUAAGUGCAGCAAAGUUGGUGUCUAAUGGUGUGAUCAAAGGAAGCAUUGGAGGAAAUUCUCUAGGGAAUAGAGAGUCCUCUUUGGCGAGCAAUGUGUGGAAUAGUUUCCAGGCUUUAGGAAAUAUUGCUUUCGCAUACGUUUUCGCUCAUGUUCUAACAGAAAUUCAGGACACUUUGAGAUCACAUCCUCCAGAGAACAAAGUCAUGAAGAGAGCUACAUUGUAUGGGAUUGUCGUUACUUCCGUGUUCUACAUGUCUCUUGGUUGUGUUGGGUAUGCAGCAUUUGGGAGUAAAACACCAGGCAACAUCCUCACUGGAUUUGGAUUCUAUGAACCAUUUUGGCUUGUCGACAUUGGGAACAUAUGCGUUGUGGUUCACCUCCUAGGGGCCUACCAGGUGUUCGCCCAGCCGAUCUUUGCGGCCAUCGAGGACCGAGUCUCCUCAAAGUGGCCAUCAAAUUUCUUAUUACAAGCUCGCUAUGAAGUAAAAUUACCUUGUUCAACCCAAACCUCAUGGAGAGUGACCCUUUUCUCUUUGAUCAUGCGCACAACCAUUGUGGUGAUGACAACCUUAGUGGCUAUUCUGGUGCCCUUGUUCAACUCAGUUGUAGGCCUCCUUGGUGCCAUGGCCUUCUGGCCUCUCACUAUAUAUUUCCCAGUUUCUAUGCACAUUGUUCAAGCUAAUGUAACGAGGGGCAGUAUGAAGUGGUUCCUCCUCCAAUGCUUGGUGGGGGCCUCUCUCAUUGUCUCUGUCAUAGCUGGCAUAGGCUCAUUGGUGGACAUAACCAAAAGCCUUAAGCAUUCAAAGCCCUUCCAGGCUAAGUACUAAACCAAUUACCCCCCCCUCCCUCCUCUCUCUCUCUCUCUCUCUUUCUCCUUUAGUUUAGCAGUGGAUGUGAUUGCUUCAUUGUAUACUACUUCUGUAGGUCACUGUACUCGUCUCUCCCCUAACAAAAUCGAAUGCUGGAAGUGAAGUGUAAGAUUUAGGGGCCGCCACUUGGUGUGAUAGUAAAAAGGCUCGGGUAGCCAGUACAAAAGCACGGGCCACUUUGUGCAUAAAAAGCCAAUGGUCUAUAGUUUUUAGCUCACCCUUCUUGGGACCCUGCGUAGACCAGGCCAGGAUUGGGUUACGGCCCUUUUAUGUAAUUGUAA